CAUGAAAAUUCUUCCAUCUCUCAAUCUGAAUUCUCAAUCCUCUCACCUCUAUCCACAACGUCAUCACCAUGCCCCUGUUUCUUCUCUCGAGCUUUAGGAUAAAUCUCCAAAGUGACCAACGCAAAAUCAUAAUCUAGCAAGAUAUAUAGAUAGAGAGACAAUUAAGCGUGUUUUGUGUCCGAGAGAAAGAGAAAAUGGGGACUGGUGUAUCGAGGAAUCUCGACAGUGGCUCUAAUGGCGGCGAGGAGAUAGACGAUGAUAGUUUAGACCAUGCAGGUGGACAGCUUUACGUAUCUUUGAAAAUGGAAAACUAUAAACUCAAAGGCGAGGUUGUCCCUCAUGUCUACGGCUCAGUUCCGCUCGUCGGUUCUUGGGACUGUUCCAAAGCUCUUGCAAUGGAGCGAGAAUCAGCCUCAAUGUGGGAGUUGAGCUUUGUAGUUCCCCCUAAUCAUGAAACGUUGGAUUUCAAAUUCCUUUUGAAGCCCAAGUACAGCAGCUCGCCUUACAUAGUUGAGGAAGGCUCCAAUAGGGUGUUAACAGGGGGAACCUUGCAGGGGGAUGCAAGACCCGCUCUCUUCAGGUUGAGCACAGACGUUGUCGUUGAAUAUCAGGUGUUCAUUAAGGCGGACCGAGUUUCUCCUUUUGAUCUUGCAGCAAGUUGGAGGGCAUAUCAGGAAAAUCUACAGCCUUCCACUGUUAGGGGAAUCCCUGAUGUCAGUAUAAAUUCGGCACCAGAUUCGGGGACUGAGAGUGGCUCUUCAGUGGGAUUGGAACUGGAUCUUGAACAUUAUGUUGUCCCAGCGCCUGCAACCUCUGUCAACUCGGCUCUAGUUUAUGCUGCGAACAUGACAGAAACUCCUAGGUCUCUAACCAGAGGCGGGGAAUUCUCCAAGAAAGAUGGCCCAGACAAUGCUUCAUAUUACCAAAAGGAUGGUACUGUUUCCACUGAUUGGCCUACGAGUACCAAGGAGACGGAGGUCAUGGUACCAGAUACCAAGGUCUAUUCCAGUCCAGGAAUGUCUGAGUCAAAAUCUGUGGGAACUAUUGCACCUCUACAUAAGCAAGAUGGCCACAGAGGUCUUUUGGUAGAUAGAGGUGUCGGAUCUCCUAGACUAGCCAAAUCUUCUAGUGCUGCUAAUUUUAGCAUUGAUCUGAAUUUGGAUUCAGAAGCCAAGAGUGCUAUGCCAGCAGCUGCUGGAGCUGUUGCUGCUGCAGCUGUCGCUGAUCAAAUGCUUGGACCAAAAGAGGAUAGACAUCUUGCAAUUGUCUUGGUUGGUUUGCCAGCUCGUGGAAAGACUUUCACUGCAGCUAAACUCACAAGAUAUCUUCGGUGGUUGGGUCAUGACACCAAGCAUUUCAAUGUUGGGAAGUAUCGUCGCCUCAAGCAUGGAACUAAUCAGUCUGCUGACUUUUUUCGAGCUGACAAUCCAGAAGGCAUGGAAGCAAGGAAUGAGGUAGCUGCCCUCGCUAUGGAUGAUAUGAUUGCGUGGAUGCAAGAAGGUGGACAGGUGGGUAUAUUUGAUGCAACAAACAGUACAAGGCAAAGACGAAAUAUGCUUAUGGUAAUGGCUGCAGGAAAAUGCAAGAUUAUUUUCUUGGAGACACUUUGCAAUGAUCAUCGCCUAAUAGAGAGAAAUAUACGUUUGAAAAUUCAGCAAAGCCCUGACUAUGCAGAAGAGCCAGAUUAUGAAGCUGGAUACCAAGAUUUCAAAAAAAGACUUGAUAAUUAUGAAAAAGUUUACGAGCCAGUAGAAGAGGGAUCAUAUAUCAAAAUGAUCGAUAAGGUUAGCGGCCACGGUGGGCAAAUACAAGUAAACAAUAUCAGUGGCUAUCUUCCUGGACGGAUUGUUUUUUUCUUGGUGAACACACAUCUUACACCUCGGCCAAUUCUACUAACAAGGCAUGGGGAGAGUCGGGAUAAUGUUAGAGGCAGAAUUGGGGGUGAUUCUGGUUUGAGUGAUACAGGAGAGAUAUAUGCUAAGAAACUUUCAAACUUUGUGGAGAAGCGACUGAAAAGUGAACGUGCUGCUUCUAUAUGGACCAGCACAUUGCAAAGAACAAUUAUAUCUGCCAGUCCUAUUGUUGGGUUUCCAAAGAUACAAUGGCGUGCACUUGAUGAGAUAAAUGCUGGUGUAUGUGAUGGAAUGACGUAUGAAGAGAUAAAGAAGAACAUGGCGGAGGAAUACGAGUCGAGGAAGAAGGACAAGUUGAGAUAUCGAUAUCCUCGCGGAGAAUCUUAUCUUGAUGUUAUCCAAAGGUUGGAGCCUGUAAUUAUUGAGCUAGAACGGCAGCGUGCACCCGUUGUAGUGAUAUCCCAUCAGGCGGUGCUGAGAGCAUUAUACGCUUAUUUUGCUGACCGCCCAUUGAAGGAGAUUCCACACAUUGAGAUGCCACUCCACACCAUUAUAGAGAUCCAAAUGGGAGUUAGUGGCGUGCAAGAGAAAAGAUACAAGCUGAUGGAUUGAAUUUUAAUUAUUUUUUUUGCUUUGGGUUGUAAGUCGUCACUAUCUCAAAAAAUCCUUGUACGAUUCAGUUUUUAUAACAAGUUUACAUAAAUGAGAUGAUGUACAGUAAACUACUACAAUGUCAUCAAUUUCUUAGAACUAAUGUAUGAAAAAUACUUGUAUAACAUCAAUUUUCUAUGAACUGUAUGGCAUGAGAAGCUUUGCAUC